UGCAAACAAGGAGGAACCUGUAACCCACUAUACGGAUCCAACGGCUUCUAUUGCGAACGAAGUCCAGGGAGUAUUGUGCAAGGUGCCUCAUGGAGUAAACUCAACACGGAUGAGGUGUGCUUUGGCGCCAAAAAUAAUACAUACGGGAACUUCACUAUGACGUCGCUUGGGGCUAUUCUAACAAUGAAGCUGCAGUACAUUUCAGGGUUUGUGACGUGUAAUAACAGAACUCUCCCUUAUGGAAGCCACUGGGCGUGCGGAAAAGGAUCGAGCAUUGCAACAAUUUUAACCAGUGCAGCCAAGAAAGUAGUUUUCCCAGAAGAUUACAAGGAAAAAGCUUACUCAUUAGCUGGUUACCAUGCCAACUCAUCAGAGCUGGUAUUUCCACCCCUGUCUCUACCACUGAAGGUAACUAAUGGCGAGGAGUACCAAAUAUGGUAUAACGAGGAUUUCGUUGACGGAGAGGAAUUUAAUAACGAUGGACAAACCUGUGUCAAUGUCUACGCCCUGUACGUGUCGUAACCGUCUAACUUCUUGAUUGCUCUCACUGGUUUGAAAAACAGUGAAAUUUGGUGAUGUGUUCAAGUUCUGAAUGUAACUACUUUCGGUCAAGGCGGUGACCGACGACAGGCUCUGAUGAUGACUUCCAACCAGGUAUUCAAAGCGUCGGUUGUUGUCAUCAGUGCAAUAACGGGCACGACCGACCGGUUACUGUUAUCAUUCACUGUGAAAAAAGUAUAAUGUUCUACCGGCCAAAAUCAUUGAUUGAUUGAACUUCUCGCGUGUUUUAAAAUGACCCAUCCACCUUGCUGACGAACUGCUAACUUGAAUAGUACACGUAGUAUUACAUUUGUGCAUUGAGAUUUUCUCGUGCAAAGAUUCACCUUUUAAUCAUUAUAUCUGUGAAAUUUAAAAUAGUAAUUUACUGUGCUUCUUUUUUUGUACAAAUCACAGAACGAUAUUGUCAUGAUCGUAUGCCCUACGAAU